UGUCAAAAUCACACGUCAAAGUAUAAAUGUGUUAAAAGUGAGGUUAAGUUAUUGUUUAUUUGAAACACGUGGUGAAAAGAGAUUCCUUAAUUUCUAGAAGAAGUUAUUAAAACAUCAAAAAAAUGCCUAAAUCUAAACGGGAUAAGAAAAUUUCUUUAACAAAAACCGAUAAGAAAGGAUUAGCAUUAAAGCAAAAAAUAGUCGAUGAUAUAAAAUCAUGCGUUGAAAAAUUCAAUAGCAUUUAUGUGUUUACUUUUAAAAAUAUGCGAAAUGAAAAAAUGCAAGAUAUUCGACAAGAAUGGAAACCGAGUAGAUUUUUCUUCGGUAAGAAUAAAGUUAUUGGUAUAGGAUUAGGAAGAACACAAGAGGAGGAAGUAGCUGAAGAUUUGCAUAAAUUAACAAAAACUUUAAAAGGGCAGUGUGGAUUAUUAUUUACAAAUUGUACAAGAAAAGAAGUUGUUGAAUGGUUUGAAAGUUUUACAUACGAGGAUUAUGCUAGAUCUGGAUUUAAAGUUGACCAAACAAUAGAAUUAAAUGAAGGACCAUUGAGUCAAUUUUCACAUGCAAUUGAACCAUAUUUACGGCAAUUAGGAAUGCCUACAAAAUUAGAAAGAGGAAUUGUUACACUAACUAAUGAUCAUAUUGUUUGUAAAAAAGGCAAUGUAAUUACACCAGAACAAGCUAAAAUAUUGGAAUUGUUGGAGCAUAAACUUGCAAAAUUUCAAUUAAAAUUAGAGGCUGUUUGGGAUAAAACAGAAGGAUUCAAAAAGUUAUCAAAUGAUGAUGAUGAAGAUGAUGAAAUGGAAAAUAUGAGUAGUUAAAUAAUAAUAAAUAUUUUUAUUUAAAA